GACCGAGCGCAUAGGAACCGUCCCGCUGCGACUGCGGAUCUCAGUCGGACCCGUUUGAACGGAACACCGAAGCGACAACUCCGAAGCCUCUAUGCUCUGAAGCAGCCGUUUAGCCCGAAGCUCCGCGAGGAAGAUGAGCACCAAACAGGUGACCUGCAGGUACUUCCUCCAUGGCGUGUGUCGAGAGGGCAGCCGCUGUUUGUUCUCUCACGACCUGAACAACAGUAAACCCUCAACCAUCUGCAAGUUCUACCUUAGAGGAACCUGUGCCUAUGGAGAACGCUGCAGGUAUGAUCACAUCAAACCUUCAUUCAGAGGGGGAGGAGCCUCAGAGGGGCAGGGGGGUGGACCAGGUGGAGCAGGUGUUCCGGGAGGACCAGGUGUUCUGGGAGGACCAGGUGUUCUGGGAGGACCAGGUGUUUUGGGAGGACCAGGUGUUCCAGGAGGACCAGGUGUUGCAGGAGGACCAGGACCAGGAGCACCAGGACCAGGAGCCGGACGCGGGGGUUCAGUCAGAGGUGGAAUGAAGAAGAACCCGGUCCUGAGAGACAGAGUUGUGGGCGUAGACCGGAGGUUCGGGGAUCCAGCAGAGAGUUUGUGGCCAGAGGUCACGGCAGCAGCAGCUCCUCAGUCGUAUGUGGCCGCCAUCAGGACGGGCCUGGACGCCUCGGUGCAGGAACAAGCCCCUCCCCCAAUGGGUGGGGCUUCCCAUGACCUCCCCCAGCUGUGUCCCUAUGCCGCCACCGGACACUGUUUCUAUGAAGAAAACUGUACGUAUCUCCACGGCGACCCGUGUGAGGUGUGUGGUCUGCAGGUGCUCCAUCCCCACGACCCUGAGCAGCGGAGAGCGCACGAGAAGAUGUGUCUUCUGGCCUUUGAGGCUGACAUGGAGAAGGCAUUUGCGGCUCAGCUCAGUCAGGACAAGGUGUGCUCCAUCUGUAUGGAGGUGGUGGUGCAGAAGCCGAACCCAUCAGACCGCAGGUUCGGGAUUCUGUCCUCCUGCUGUCACACCUUCUGUCUGGGCUGCAUCCGAAAGUGGCGCUGCACCAGAAACUUCAGCAAUGUGAUCAUCAAGUCGUGUCCAGAGUGCCGGGUCGUCUCAGAGUUCGUCAUCCCCUCAAUGUACUGGGUGGAGAACCAGGACGACAAGGACCAGCUCAUAGACCUCUUCAAGUCUGGAGUCAGUAAAAAGUCCUGCAAGUACUUCGAUCAGGGUCGUGGUUCGUGUCCGUUUGGAGCCAAGUGUUUGUAUCUUCACUCCUUCCCAGACGGAACCCUUGCAGAACCCGACCGGCCACGGAAACAGCUGAGCUCCGAGGGGAACGUCAGGUUCAUGAACAACGUCCGUCUGUGGGACUUCAUCGAGGAGCGCGAGCAGCGGUCGGCCCCGCCCCUGCCGUCACUUGAUGAUGACAUCACAGAGCUGAGGGAGCUCUUCAUGCAGAUGUCGGGUCCCAGCCAUGACGGGCCGGAGGCUCUGCCCACUACAGACCACCAGUAGACCACCUGACCCCUCUGGUCUCUACGAUCACAGUCAGACCACGAGUCAUGACGGCCAUGUUUGUGGAGUCAUUGAAAUAUUAAAUCAUGUGAUCACUCUGUAGCUCUGAGGUGUGAUUCAGUCUGAUCAUCAGCAUUGAUUAUUGAUAUUUUAUUUAUCGUGUACAUAAGUGAAUACAGAGUAAGUGUGAUUUCAUUCAUUAUGAUUACACACACACACACCUGAGUGAGUCAUUUAACACCAACAAAAAAAAAUCUCAAAAUAAAAUUCUGCUCUGCAACAAAGAA